AUGACCUCAAAAUUAUGGUUAUUACUAGCUAUCCCUAUCCUUCUCAAACUUCUAAAACGUCGUCCUCUCCCACCUAGAGAAGCUCAGCUCCCAUUUGAACAAGAGAGGGUCCUUUUACUCGGUGCGAGUUCUGGGGUGGGAAGAGAUCUAGCUUUGGUUUAUGCCAAACGAGGUUCCAGAAUAUGUUUGGUAGCUAGACGACAGACCGAGUUGGAGAAGGUUAGAGAGGAAUGUGUCGCCUUGGGAUUAGACGCAGAGAAAGUGAUCAUGUUCGCUGGGGAUGUUAGCAAUACUUCAGAUUUGAUAUCUAUAAGGGAUGUCAUAUACAAUGCUUGGGAAGGUCUUGAUACUCUUCACAUCCUCGCUGGUCUCCCAUCCACUUUGACCCUACUAGGUCAAGCAGGAGUAGAUCUCUCUCCCGUACCCUCUUCCCGGGCUUCUUACACCGGUAUCAAACGAAGAGAUUUUCAUGUUGGAGGAGCUACUUUCCCCGAUGUACCUGGUGGAAUCCCAACGAAAGAAGGUUUGGAUGUGGUAGCUGCAGACGCUAGAAAACUUAGUGAGGUCAAUUACGUUGGAACUUUGUUAGCUCUGACUUGUUUUCUACCCUUAUUAUCAGCUACUUCUAAAAGUCCAGUGGUACAUCAUCUCUCUUCCGUUGCCGCUGGAAUCACACCACCACAUAGGGUCGUAUAUGGAUCUACGAAAGGAGCAGCUUUGAUAGCUAUGGAAGCUGCUAGAGUGGAAUGUGAAGGAUGUGGUGUUAGAUUUUUCAGUUUACUUCCUGGUACGAUAAAUAAUGAUUUCCGACUUAAACUUUCGACUUCUGGUCAACCAGGAAGGGAUGAAACUAAGAUGAGUUCAAUUAAGAGUGGAUUGGAAUCUUUACUACUUUCUCCUGAAACGGUCGUCAAGACAAUCUUCACUAAUCUUUCCCUCAACCCAGCACCACAACCACUGAUACCUUAUCCACCUUUCUCAUGGUUCCGUUCAUUGGACGUACCACCCAACAGUACACAAUAUAUUCCUUCUUUAUACACUUGGGCGAAAUUGAUGACAUUCACUCCUUUAGGAUACCUUUAUGUCGAACCUCGAGCGAGGGUAAAGUAUGGUUUACCUAAGUGGUGA